AUGGGCGGUGAUCAUCAAUGUCCAGUCUGUCAAGCAACCUUUACUCGUCCACAACAUGUAGCUCGUCACAUGCGAUCACACACAGGUGAUCGUCCAUACAAGUGUCAGUACUGCGGAGACCAAUUUGCACGGAGCGAUCUUUUAUCACGACACGUCAACAAGUGUCAUGCGAACGAAAAACCACCUCAAUCUGCAACAAACGGUCGUCGCAAGGGCUCUGCGUCAACCUCGAGAGCAACUACUUCAAAGCAGGCAUGUGACCAAUGUGUCCAAUCAAGCUUACCGUGCGACGGUUGCAACCCUUGUUCCAAGUGCGUACAACGCAAGAGUCGAUGCACUUACGUCAAGUUUCACCGCCAAACCGCACCAAGUGGCCCAGGUCAUCAUGUCCCUCGUCCCGCUUCAGUCUCAUCUCUCGGCAAUGGACGUCUAUCAAUGGAUGACUUUAUCCUUGGCCCUCCCCCUGUGAGCGUACCCAGUAUGGAUACUUCUUCGGGUGAUCCGCUUUACCCAACCCCAUUCUCCUUCAAUCAUGGCUUUGCUUCGUCAGCAAACGCCGUACAUCUUCCCAUGUCCAUAUCUUCCGACUCCGAUAUCGCUGGAAGAAAUCGGGUCCAAGCUGAGCUCUUGCGUCAUGCCGGCGCUCCCAUGCUUGCAAAUCCUCAAGGUUCAUCCGUACUUAGCACAAACCCAGGAUUGUCCGUUGCCCAAACUAGUCCACCCCAGUUCGCGUCUUUGGACGAAGCUUUCUCACAAAAUCAAUAUGGUGCGGACGGUUUAGAUGAUUUCAGCUCAGAAAUGUUCACCGGGUCCUUCAUUGGGUCAGCCUAUCGGCCUCGCAGAGGCUCUGUUGAUUAUAGCGACGGUAGUAGCGCUUCGCAAUCCAUCCCUUCCAGCGCUACUUCGUCCAAUGUCCAUCUCCCCCUCUCUGCGGGGGACAUGUACCAGGGCGCAUCAGAGGAUUUUCAACAGCGUAUGCUGCUUGACCCUCAACGUCGAAGAGACUCUAUGUCCUCUCCCUCUGCGCCUGAAUCCCACGACCAGCAACCAGAACAUUCUCGAGGCGGUGAAGGCGGGUUCUCCUCCGCAUUUGGACUCAUGUCAAUUGACGACCCAAAUGUCCUUGCUGGGCUCUCAACAGAUGGUGUACCUUUUUUUUCAAACGCAGCGAUGAAUAUGCGACCUCAUUCCCCGAAUGCUACUCCGAUGCCGCCCAAGGCGCUGUCACAACAGCAGCUCAGAGACCGUGGCAUGUCCCUCUCUGCGUUGCCCACGCCUGGCUUGGGUCGUGAUAGCGAUAUUUUGUGGAAGACGUUCAUGCGCACGCCCAUGAGUGGACCUAACUCAGAAGCGCCAGGCGCCAUGCCGCAAUCUCCCUCUCCACGCCGAAGAGUUCGAGUAUCCUCUCUCCCAAGUUCCAAAACACCCACCGUAGAGCGAGCCCUGCCUGGCAUGACAAACGGGCACGCAGAGGGAAUGCGCAGCACGCUACAUGGCAACCCUGAAGACCUCCGGAGCUAUGAAGCUGCUGUCAAUGCUCGCAAUGCAUCGCUCAACCUCAACCUCCCCAAACGGCGAGGUACGCGUCCAAGCCCACCCGCCACUGUUUCUUCAGGUGCACGUGGCACUAAUUGUCGCACAGAUACCACACAUUCGCAGUUGAAUGCCAAUUUUGACUUGAAUGUCAGCCGUCCAUCCAGUUCUUCGUCGGCGUCGUCGCUUUCGCAUGCGUUCGUGUCGCCUCAUCUGCCUCCUGUGAAGGGAGCAGCGCCUCCUAUGAAUGGGAUGUCCAUUUCGUUGCCUGUACCUCGCGUUAGCAGCAUGGGGAGUUCGAGCACACAAAGCGGGUCGAGAGAUGGGUCAAGAGAGUCUUCUGUCGCGUCUGACUGCACGGGAAGCUCGGAGAACGAGAUGUUUCGACCUGCUUUCAAGCGCCUUCCUUCGCAGACGCUGGGUCCGGCCAACGCCAAACGUGCCCAAUUAGAAAAGAACGCAGUUGCUGAGAAGGGAGCUUUCAUUGUGAAUGGCGAUCGCACUCUACUUGGCGUUCCAAAUGCUGUCUCACAGCGUCACGUCGCAGCGCUUCCCGAGCGUGCUCGUCACACGAGCGACAAACAUUCAUCGAGGGUUGGUUUGAACGCGCCACGGCACUAA